UGGGUUCGUCCUUCGCUCUCCCGUCCAAUAGUCUCCGGCGCCACCCACUCCCCACAACACGACCACCUACAAAAGAGAACACACGGCCUGACCACGAUUCAGUCGUGACCAAAUUUUUGUGAGAGACGGGACCAGGUUAUGGACACACUCAGAUACUCUUAUCAUCAAGAUGUAUCACCACCAAGGAAUGAACAAGACGGUGCUAGACCGGUACAUGAAGCUGACCAUCCCCGAUGAGAAGUGUCAGGCUAUGUAUGUCUGGGUAGAUGGAACUGGCGAGAACCUCCGUUCCAAGACUCGGACACUUAAUUUUGUGCCCAAAGAUCCCAAUGAGUUACCAAUCUGGAACUUCGAUGGGUCAUCGACUGGCCAGGCCGAAGGCAGCAACAGCGACGUGUAUCUGUAUCCAGUAGCUAUUUACCGGGACCCCUUCAGGCUGGGACGCAACAAGUUGGUGUUGUGUGAGACAUAUAAAUACAACAAGAAACCAACUGAUACAAACCAGCGCUGGAAGUGCCUGGAGGUCAUGAAACAGGCUGCUGACCAACACCCUUGGUUCGGCAUGGAGCAGGAGUACACUCUUCUAGAUGUCGACAAACAUCCGUUAGGUUGGCCCAAGAAUGGCUACCCGGGACCUCAGGGUCCCUAUUAUUGUGGCGUAGGAACCAAUAAGGUCUACGGUAGGGACGUGGUCGAGGCUCAUUACAGAGCGUGCCUCUAUACAGGUAUCAACAUCUCUGGAGAGAACGCAGAAGUAAUGCCAGCACAGUGGGAGUUCCAGGUGGGUCCUUGUGAAGGCAUCACUAUGGGCGACGACCUCUGGAUGGCCAGAUACCUCCUUCACCGCGUCGCUGAAGAUUUCAACGUUGUGGUAUCCCUAGACCCCAAGCCCAUCCCUGGCGACUGGAACGGCGCUGGAAUGCACACGAACUUCUCCACUGAAGCCAUGCGUCAACCAGAUGGCAUCUUGGAAAUCGAGAGUGCUAUUGAUAAGAUGGCCAAGGUUCACGAUAAGCACAUCCAGGCCUACGACCCCCAUGGGGGCAAGGACAACGAGAGACGUCUGACAGGCCGUCACGAGACCUCCUCCAUCCACGACUUCUCUGCAGGAGUGGCCAACAGAGGCGCCUCCAUACGCAUUCCUCGGGGCGUGGCGGAAGAGAGGACCGGAUACCUAGAAGACCGUAGACCGUCUUCCAACGCUGACCCUUAUGUCGUCUCCGAAAGAUUAGUUCGUACUAUUUGUCUCGAUGAAGAAUAAGAGCAAUUUACUGGCAUAUCGUCCCUUACCAUCGUUGUGUCACACGAGUUUCUGCUGGUCGUCUCUACCCCUGACGAGGAGGUGACGAUUCCUGAAACCAUCUAUAGGUGCAGUUUAAUGUGCUGGGAGUUCAGAUCUGUUAUUGCUUAAGCCAAUAAAUGCACUGUAGCUGUGCUCAGAAACCAGAUCUACCCUAUGAUGAUACACGGAUUCACAGGGGAAUAAUGUAUAAAAAAAUAUUUUAGCUAAGCUACUAGUGUCUUAUGUAGCAAAAAAUAUUAAUGUCUAAACUUCCCACAAGGGAAUAAUGUAUAAAAAAUAUUUUAGCUAAGCUACUAGUGCCUUAUGUAGCAAAAAAAUAUUAAUAUCUAAACUUCCAUGUUGAAAUAAAAGACUUAGCGAUUUGUUACACGUUAAACAUUAAUAAUACAUAAAUAUUUUAUAUACAAAUAUUUUAUACAUUACUUAAAUUAUAUUUAUUUUGUGACGAUUUAUAUAAAGAAUUUUAAAUUUGUGUCGAUAAUAGUACAUUUUGAUUGUACCUUAGGGGAAGAGUGCACAUGAUCCUAUAUGAAAACAUGAUAUAUUUUUAGAUACUUACACAUCCUAAAUGCACACUUGGUCCUGUAUACUAGCAAAGUUCUCACGCUUAUCUGGGGCAACUAUAAGAAAGCUGUCUUCUUUGACACCGGAGAGAAGUCUAGGCGUUAUAGUUACCUGCAUGGAUAAGAACACAUGAUGACAAUCAUGACUGACACUGAGGCAUCAGAGAUGACUGCUAAGGGUGACAAUAAGACAUCAAAGAUAACAAACAAGUGGGUCAUUACAUAUCAAAAUCUCAGGCAAGGGAGACACUAAACAUCAAAGAUGACAGCCAAAGUAGAUGCUAAAUACCGAGUUUUAUAGCAAAGGGAACACUAAAUAUUCACGAUAACAACCAAGUGGGACAUUAACAAAAAAUAAAUAUAUAAUUAUCGCACGUCACCAUGGUAAUAUAAGUGUAAGUUGUAUGUUAGGUUUACACUGGUUUAUAUGUGACCUGUAAUGUGAAUUAAGGUGUAAACGAACCUUUUUUGUGUGAUUCUGUGUGACUAUGUGAUGUUUAUACUGUGUUUUAAUAGUAUGCAUAUGUGACUUAAUAUAUUUUUUAAAUGGGACUCAGUGUGAUGUCUAUGAGACAAUGAUGUUUAUAUGUAACGUUGUGAUGUCAGUAUGUGACAAUGUGAAGUCUGUCUAAGUGGUCUAAUGUGAUGUCUACAUGUGACUUAAGGUGAUAUCUGGGUCGAACUUUAUAGCCAGAACCUGUGGCCUUAAACUGAUUUACAGUACAUCAUCGCUAAAAUCAACCUGAACCUAACGAAAUUAUGUAAUAUUUCGUUGAUUUAUAUAAUACUAAUUAAUGUUAGGCAGAUCAUAGAUAUAUUAGGAUUAUUUGUACUACAUGUAAAUUUUUAACAAAACUAGAUAAGUUAGUUUUGGGGCAAAAUAUAUAAAAAAAAAUAUCCUUACCAUGUUAGUUUACGUAAAUGUAUUUAUCAAGACAAGUUUUUUAUUUAACAAAAAUCACAAGUUUAUGCGUCCUGUGAUGUACAUGUCGUACUUUAUAUACAAUGAUCAAAAAAGGGUAUAGACAUCGAGAGGUGUUUAUCCCUCAGUAUACAUCCACUAAGAGUUUACCUUAAUCCCAAUUAUAAAGUUUAAAAUAUUCUCCAUUGUUAGUGUACAGGUCACAUGCAAACUUGAUGACCUUCGUGUAGUUGAUAGCCUUCUAACUCAGCGGACCAUCCAACCUUCCAGACAAGAAAGGUUACACAUACAUAUACGUAUACAAUCCCAGUAUCUAUCAACAAGUCCCUUUGACAGCCGACACCCAAUUAUCAUUAUAUGCAUGAUGUACAUGUAUAUAAUGUUUCUGAUGAAUAUGAUGGGAUGUAUGUCGUUAUGACAGUGUUGUAGAGCGUAAGUUGGAUGUGUACAUGCACGAGUAGUUCUAGAUAUGUACAAAUGUAUUUUUUGUUUGAUGUGUGCUCAGAUUCAAAGCACAUUACAGGAGUACUAUUUUGAAUGUACUUGGUUAGCGUUUUGUAUGUAAUCAGAAAACAGUAAUCAUGCUAAUAUUGUUUUCCAUGUAUACUUGUGUAAUACGAGUACUGUAUAGUAUGAUAUAUGAAGGUUACUUAAUUUUGUGUGAGACAUGUAUGUAACAUAUUAAUGCUGUAUGAUCCUAGUGAUUGUGGUGGUUAAUACAUUGUAUGAUCGUGUGAUACUAGUGAUUGUAAUGGUUUUAAAACGUUACCAUACACUUGUUUUUUAAUAAAAAUCAUUUGCAUCA